AUGAGCGCUUCCAAGAUUCUAGAACAAAUUCUGAGGAAAGGCAAGAUCACGCCGGUGGCCCUGGCCAAUAAUUCCGCAGGCCAUACAAAUGACCAGCAGUCCACAAAACCACCACGCCCCAAUGAGCGGCCGGUAGAUCCGGUGGUGGCUCGGCUUAAAGCAGCAAGAAAAGCCGAGCGUGAGCAGAAGGAGCGGGAACUACGAGAAAAGAAAGGCUUGCCGGCCAAAAAAGCCACCAGCACCAAGCCCAGAAUCGGGCCCCGGCAGCCUGCCCGCUCUCUUGCCCAAAGAACGACGCCAAACAACAAAUCGCGGACUCUUCAUACAACCUCAAACCGCCUGGCAUCGGCCCCUCCGUUACAGGCCCAAAACACACAAAACGAGAAGAAACCCAAGAUGUCGUUUAGUCAGCUCAUGGCCAAGGCUUCAGGAAUCGACCAGAGCAAAAUGUCCAUUGCUCUCAAGCAGAAAGCCAAGUCGUCUGAGGUUGCCGGAGCUCCAAAACGCAGGACGCCAGAACACGACUCAAGACCCGAUCCGGCAUCACGAAAACUGCAGGGGCUGGCGGGAAGUCUCAGAAACCUGUCUCAAGAAAGUGGCAGAAUACCGUCUCUGUCCGCAAGAGCCAGGUCUGGCAAUCUGGCAAAAGCCGCUGGAGCACCAAGAGCUCCGCACGAGACUCAAAACUCGUCACAAACAAGGGCGCCGCACCCGACACGAAAGCCCUCGUCGGCACUUGCAGAAAAGCUCAAGCAGAAACCAAGAGGCAAAUCUCAAAUGCUGGGUCACCGGGCAGAAGUGCACGACGACGAGUCCGACGAGUCCGACAUGGACUCGUUCAUUGCUUCUGAAGAUGAGGAGAUGGAACAGGAUGAACCCGAGUAUGACAGAGACGAGAUUUGGUCCAUAUUAAACCGUGGAAAGAAGCGAAGCCACUAUUCAUACGACGACUAUGACUCUGACGAUAUGGAGGCAACAGGUGCCGAGAUCUUGGAGGAAGAGUCGCAGUCGAAAAGAAAUGCGCUCCUCGAGGAUAAGAGAGAGAUGGAAAAGGAGGCCAAGUUGGCGGCUUUGAAGCGAGCAAGGAAAUCCGGCAUCCGGCGAUGA